UGGAGCAGCUGAAGACUUUGUGAUGAUUGACAGUUUGUGUCUUCUGGAUCGUAACUCGUCCUACAGUGGAAACUUCUGGUGUGAAAGCUUAUCUGGAGAGAAAAGUGAUGAAGUUACCAUCAGUGUGUCCAGUACAGAAAAAAAAGGUGUGAUCUUGGAGAUCCCUGUACUUCCUGUGAGACCAGGAACUGGUGUCAUUCUACAAUGCAAGAAGAAGAACGGUGACACAGUUCCAUCUUAUUUCUUCAUGAAUGGACGUCUGGUUGGACCUGGAUCUACAUCGGAGUACAACAUCAGAAGAGCCCAGUACUCUGAUGAAGGUCUCUACUGGUGUGCUACUGAUACGUUUGGAGAAUCUCCUCAGAGCUUUCUGAGGGUCAGAGGGUCUCCUAUAACGUCUCUUAAAACAUCCGUCUCUCCACCUCCAGUUUCUGAGACCAAUUCUUCCCUUUCCACUUUGCUUCUUCCAAACAAUUCUUCCUCCCCUCCUCCUCCUCCUCCUCUUCCUCCUCCUCCCUUUGUGUCUUGGAUCAGAGUCAUCUGCCACCUGUUGGCCUUCUGCCCGUACUGCAUCUGCACCAUCCUGCUCCUGUCCAUCUGCUGCAGCAGGAGCUCAGGUAACAAACAUGCUGUCUCCAUGGAGACGCCCCUGCGUGACGCGGAGUAUGAUGACAUUGUUGCUGAUGUCACCACUGAGCACGUCUUCUAAGCUGAUAGAUCCUCUGAGGAAUCUGAAAGUGUCCAAAGCUGUAAACUCUGUUCACUGAUCAAUCAAUAAGCUGUCAAAUUGAUUUCUGAAGUAUUGAAUCAAAGUGUAAAAACAUGAAUCUGACUAAUUUAUAUUCACAGCUGUUUGUUUCUGUGAUGUUUUUGUGCUUUAACUGGAUCCAACCACAAUAAAAGAUUCAAACAUCAAAGACGUGUGAUU